AUGGCAUCUAGAGGAAAUCUUACGCCACGGACCAUCAUGGCACCUGCAGCGGCAUUCACCAUGGCAUGUGUCUUAUUUGCUUACACACGGUCUUCCAUAAAAGAAGCUAGACGUAAUGCCCAACACGAACGGGAUCAGAGACGCCAGUCAGGCGGGCCAAGCGGCGGCGGCGGCGGCGGCAGCAGCAGCAAGGGAGAAUAA